AUGAGAAAGACCCUUGAAGAGAAACGUGAUGACAGCUACAAUCUUACCACGGUGACUCAGUUUAUCCUCAUGGGGCUCUCUGACCUCCCCGAGGUGCGCUACCCUCUCUUUGCGGUCUUUGCUACGGUCUAUCAGAUCACCGUGGUGGGAAAUGGAGCCAUCCUCUUGGCCAUUGGGACUGAGAAAAAGUUGCAUACUCCCAUGUAUUACCUUCUGGCAAAUUUGUCCCUUUUAGACAUAUUCUGUUCAUCCGUUACUGUUCCCAAGAUGCUAGAGAAUCUCUUGACUGAGAAGCACAGCAUUUCUUUUGUUGGGUGUGCUUUGCAGCUGUAUUUCCUGGUGGCCCUGAUGGGGACAGAAGUCUUCCUUCUCGCUGUCAUGGCCUAUGACAGGUAUGUGGCCAUAUGCCUCCCACUUCGUUACACCCUCAUCAUGACCAAGGUUUGCUGUGUCCGGCUGACGUCUGGGACCUGGGCAGCCGGGUUUCUCAAUUCCCUCAUCCAUACACUGUCGACCUUCAGCCUGUCUUUCUGCAAGUCUAACCGGGUUAACCAGUACUACUGUGACAUCCCACAAGUGGUGGCCCUGUCGUGCUCAUCCACUUACUUGGCAGAGAUGCUUGCUUUAGUGAUAGGAGGUAUCUUUGGGAUCAGCGCCUGCCUCGCCACCUUUGUCUCUUACAUAUACAUCAUCUCUACCAUCCUAAAGAUCCAGUCGGCAGAAGGGAAGUGCAAAGCUUUCUCCACGUGUGCUUCCCACCUCCUGGUGGUCUGUCUGUUCUACGGCACAGCCAUCUUUACCUACAUGCGCCCCUCCUCCAGUCAGCGCUCCCCUGCCCGAGACAGGCUCAUCUCCAUGCUGUACGGCGUGCUUACCCCGAUGUUAAACCCCAUCGUUUACAGCCUGAGAAACACAGAGGUGAAGGGAGCACUCAGAAGGAGAAAAAUCAACGCGCGGUUCAGCGGCGCACUGCGGCGCCGGCGGGCAGAGCUGCGAGACCCGGCCCGUCGGGGGUCGCCGGGUGAGGCGCGAGCUCGGACAGGCUUUCCGACGCCCGCCCCGCCGGCUGCACGUGGACAGCGUCUUGCCCGCCCCGCCGUGGACGUGGGCGGCAGCAGGUUACUCUGCCAGAGCCGUCGUGCAGCGCCCCGGCCCGAGCCUAGGGAGGACGCCCAAACCGCCACAGAAGCCGGGAAAGGUGAGCGCGGGCCCGGGGUGCAGGAAGGGGAGGUGGGGCGUGGACAGGGCCGGUUGGAACCGGCCGGAACCGGCUGCGGCGGGACCCGCUUUCGCCGCGGUCAACUCCGUGGCUCCAAGUCCGCCUGCGGUGAGGUGCCGACCUCGGUCCCCUCCGGCCCCAGGGCGGGCGGGGCCAGCAGCCAGGACCCCAGGACUUCAGGCCUCCCCUUCAGGCCCAGUCUGGCGACUCCGAGUCGGGCUGGAAGGUCUGGACGGGUCCCCGCGCGCAGCCCGGCGCCUCCUGCGGGUUGGGGCGUGACGGCGGGGGUCCCCGCCGAGGGGAAGCCCUGA